AUUCAAUGAUUACACAUCAGAGGAACACCACACAAAGAGAACAUCUUACCAAAAGUAGGUUAUUGUUGUGUCCAAUGCAGAUAGAUUGAAGGAUAUUUGUUAAAGACAAUUCUAUCUAUUGUUAGUUUUAACUGAAAAUGAAAUGUCAUAUUAUAUAUAAGCAAGUCUAUCCUUCUAUUUCUAUUUAGAAAAAUGUUUGACGAUUUUGAUUUGAUGGAUGCUCUGCCAUGCGGAAGUGACAGUGACAAGGUGACGGUAGGAAAAAAUUACUCUGUUUGUGUGCAGGAUGAACCAGCAGAGCAGGAGCAGUCGUCUGUAUGUGAAAUGAAAAUACAGGUGGUUGCCCAGAGCGGCCAUGAUAAGUUUCAUAAAGUAGCUAACUUGGUGCUGAAGCUCUACAAGAUGAAAGUCAAACCCAGUGGCCCAGAGUUUGCCCUGGAGGACCGGUUAGAUGAGAGACCAUGUGGUCAGUUCGGGGUCACUUCACUUUGUGGGAGUGUUGCUGGGACAUUCAAGCAAUGUGGUAAGAACGUAGAAUGUAGUCUGUUUGACUGUAACCAGAGGAUUUUGGUGCGAAAGGACUCCCAGGCACUGCAGCUACAGGCCACCCACCCGAAGGAAAACAUGGAUUUCAAGAAAGUGACUUUUAAUCUGGAAAAGUAUGUCAAUCCCCAAUCACGAGAUUGUGAGGCAGUUAGCCUAUGGAUUGCCGGCAGCAGCAAAAUUGUCUCCUGCACCAGGCCAGAUGACUCUAACCCUCCUAUCCUAAAGCUGGAAAAAGUGAAUUGUGAGCAGUUAAUGAGCAUUGAAGCCAAGGGCGAAACGGCACGUUUCCUCUUCUUCAGGAGAACUGUUGACUUUAACAAUACAACUUUUGAAUCAGUGAAGUUUCCUGGCUGGUUAAUCCGGAGCUCAUCGUUCGAACACAAGCCAGUGGAGAUGUGUAAGAAAGAAACCACCACCAACUUCUCCAGGUUUAAAGAGAAAUAAAUGCACAUAUACACAUAAACACACACGUAUAACACAUAUACACAUCAACACUUUCCCUGGGAUAUAACUAGUGUGAGAGAAGAGAGGUUCUGAGGUGUAACUGAUCAUUUUGAUGUUCCAUAAACUGAAACCUCCAUGUGUUGCCGUAACAUGUUAGAGAUGAAAUUGAUAAUAAAUGCUGUUUGAAUGUUUGAUGUAGUUUACCAUGGUAACCAGUAGGUGAUGUUGUUUUGCUAAUCUGAAAUCCUCAGAAACGCUAAUACAAUAGUAGACAACAAUGUUUGCAUUGUUUAGAACAUGGGUAUGUGGCUUAAUAUGGAUCACAAAAGAGUCAAUUCACAAUGAAUUCCUAAAAUAAUAUAGCUAGUGGAAAAUAGUUCUCAAUAUUUUUACAUACAAUCAUUGAAUUGCUUUACAGAUGAUCUUUAUAACAUCUGUGUGUGUUUUUUAAUGAAGGAAGAAAGCCUAGACCUUAUCUGCAGAGAAAAACUGUAUAUGUUUCAUAUUAGGGACACUGAAAUUGAUAAGAUAACUAUGGAGCUUAAUAUGGGUCACAAAACAGUACAUUUACAAUGAAUUCCUGUUAUAAUAUAUCUGAUGCAAAAUAGUUCUCAAUAUUAUUACAUACAA